AGCGUCAAGCGGUUUGACCCGCUGACAAAAACGUGGCAGCAGGUCGCACCCAUGCACUCGCGGCGCUGCUACGUGAGCGUCGCUGUUCUCAACAACCUCCUCUACGCCAUGGGAGGGUUUGACGGACACACGCGCCUCAGCACAGCAGAACGCUACGAGCCAGAGACGAACCAGUGGGCUCUGAUUGCCCCCAUGCACGAGCGGAGAAGCGAUGCGAGUGCGACCACGCUGCAUGAGAAGGUGUAUAUAUGUGGAGGGUUCAACGGAACCGAAUGCUUGAUCACAGCCGAAGCGUAUGAUCCCGCAACACAGCAAUGGACCCUGAUAGCCCCCAUGAGCAGCAGGAGAAGCGGAGUAGGAGUCAUUGCAUACGGAAACCAAGUGUAUGCGGUCGGAGGAUUUGACGGAGUCAACCGCCUCCGCAGCGCGGAAGCUUACAACCCCGCUGCCAACAUGUGGCGCACAGUCCCCAACAUGUUCAGUCCUCGCAGCAACUUUGGCAUUGAAGUGGUGGACGAUCUUCUGGUUGUGGUUGGCGGCUUUAACGGGUUUACUACUACUUUCCAUGUGGAGUGUUACGACGAAAACACUAAUGAGUGGUACGAUGUUCAGGACAUGGGCAUAAACCGUAGCGCUCUGAGCUGCUGUGUGGUGCCCGCUCUACCCAACGUCAGGGAGUACGUGGCCAGACGAGACUACUACGCGGACAACUCUUCGAGGGAAGUCGGCGUCAUUUCUUCAACAG